UGGGAAGAAUGCCCCUUACAUUGGGGGUCAGUGGGAAGAAUGUCCCUUACAUUGGGAGUCAGUGGGAAGAAUGUCCCUUACAUUGGGGGUCAGUGGGAAGAAUGCUCCUUACAUUGGUGAUCAGUGGGAAGAAUGCCCCUUACAUUGGGGGUCAGUGGGAAGAAUGUCCCUUACAUUGGUGAUCAGUGGGAAGAAUGUCCCUUACAUUGGUGAUCAGUGGGAAGAAUGUCCCUUACAUUGGGGGUCAGUGGGAAGAAUGCCCCUUACAUUGGUGAUCAGUGGGAAGAAUGUCCCUUACAUUGGGGGUCAGUGGGAAGAAUGUCCCUUACAUUGGUGAUCAGUGGGAAGAAUGUCCCUUACAUUGGUGAUCAGUGGGAAGAAUGUCCCUUUACAUUGGUGAUCAGUGGGAAGAAUGUCCCUUACAUUGGGGGUCAGUGGGAAGAAUGUCCCUUACAUUGGUGAUCAGUGGGAAGAAUGUCCCUUACAUUGGUGGUCAGUGGGAA